AUGGCAGAGAUUCACCACCAGUUCGAUACCAUACUCAUUCUCGACUUUGGCUCCCAGUACAGUCAUCUGAUUACACGGAGAUGUCGUGAACACAACAUUUAUGCCGAAUUACAACCGUGUACUUUGAAAAUAGUAGAUCUACAUUUCAAGCCGAAAGGAAUAAUCCUCUCUGGUUCGCCUUACUCUGUUUACGAUAAGGAUUCUCCUCAUGUCGAUCCCGCUGUGUUCGAUCUCGGAGUUCCUAUCUUGGGUAUCUGUUAUGGGCUCCAGGAAAUGGCCUGGGCACUGAAAGGAAAAGUGGAAAGAAGUGAACAUCGAGAAUACGGUUUUGCUCAAUUACAGAUCAAUAAAAUCCAUGAAGGAGACUCUCCAGUUGAUGCAUUGUUCCAAGGACUUGGGGAAGAAAUGCAGGUCUGGAUGUCGCACGGUGAUCAACUAUGCGAAAUCCCUCCUGAUUUCCACAUCAUUGCACACACCAAAACAGCCCCUUUCGCUGCUGUAGCUCACAACUCCAAGCCUUUUUACGGCAUCCAGUUCCAUCCCGAAGUAACACAUUCUCUUAGGGGCAAAGAGGUCAUCGGUCGGUUCAUCCUCAAUGUCUGUGGUUGUCGAUCCAAUUGGACUAUGGAAGAAUUUAUCGGCAAAGAAAUUGCUCGCAUUCGCGAAAUCUGCGGGCCUAAAGGACGUGUCAUUGGAGCAGUAAGUGGUGGUGUCGACAGCACAGUUGCAGCCAAGCUCAUGCAUGAAGCCAUUGGGGACAGGUUCCAUGCGAUAAUGGUAGACAAUGGCGUCCUUCGCUUGAACGAAGCUAAACAGGUUCACGAAAUGCUGAAUAAGAAUCUUGGUAUUAACUUGACCGUCGUAGACGCGUCGGAUCUUUUCCUGUCGCGCCUCCAGGACGUCGAGGACCCCGAGAAAAAGCGUAAGAUUAUUGGCAACACGUUCAUUAACGUGUUUGAGGAGGAAGCCACCAAAAUUGAAGCCGCAGCCAACGAAGCGGAGAAAAAAGGUGCUGAUGCUAAAGGCAGAAUCGAGUGGUUGCUGCAAGGUACCCUUUACCCGGAUGUGAUUGAGAGUAUAAGCUUCAAGGGACCCAGCGCUACCAUCAAAACGCACCAUAACGUUGGCGGUUUGCUUAAAGACAUGAAGUUGAAGUUGAUAGAACCUCUCCGCGAGUUAUUCAAAGAUGAAGUACGAGCCCUCGGCCGUCUUCUUUCUAUUCCUGCUCCACUGGUACAACGACAUCCUUUUCCUGGACCGGGGCUAGCUAUACGUAUCCUAGGUCCCGUAACCCGAGAGCAAGUUCAGAUCCUGCAGCAAGCUGAUAAUAUCUACAUCGAAGAAAUUCGCAACGCCGGUUUGUACAAUGAAAUAUCCCAGGCGUUUGCUGUUCUCCUUCCAGUUCGGGCCGUUGGAGUGAUGGGCGAUGCUAGGACGUACGAGCAGGUUAUCGCUUUACGUGCAGUACAGUCGGAGGACUUUAUGACGGCCGAUUGGUAUGUCUUUCCAGCUGAAGUGCUGCGGCGCAUCUCUUCCAGAAUUACCAACGAAGUCAACGGUAUCAAUCGAGUGACCUAUGACAUUUCAUCUAAACCACCUGCAACUGUUGAAUGGUUAUAA